AUGUUCCCCCCGACGUUCAAGAAGACGCCCGUCUUCGCCAUGCUCAUAUCGAUUUUGCACAUCUCCCUCUCAACAGCCGCUUUCUUGAAAAUGCCCAGAACAGACAUGGCAGCCCUGGGAAACAUCUACCUGCCCGUAACAGACUUCUCCAGCAAGAUCUUCGACGAAGCAAGGCAAACCCUUACGAGUCAGAUUGACAAAGCCCUCGCCGCUGGAGACUCCGAGUAUGGUCCGCUGUUCAACAACACUGCCUUCUCCGCUUCGGUGUUCAGUCUGAAAACGGGCAAGUCGAUCUUCGAGUACCACUACGAAGCACCCACGCUUGGGAAGGGAUCGUAUACGAAGGGCAAGCUCACGGAAGAUACGAUCUAUCGAACCGGCUCUCUCGGCAAGCUCCUACUCAUUUACACGUGGUUGGUGAACCUGGGAGAAUCCGCGUAUCUGGAUCCUAUCACCAAGUACAUUCCGGAGUUUGAGGAAGCUCAGAAGUCGUACAAGAACCCUAUCAUGUCCACAAAUUGGUCGGAGGUCACUGUUGGGGCGCUUGCUAGCCAGUUGUCUGGCAUUGGAAGAGAUUAUGCGCUCGGAGAUCUUUCGACACAGUCCUUCGGUGCACCCCCACCAGAGGCGGCGAUCGACAGCGGCUAUCCACCUUUACCGAAUGGUGGUCUACCUUGCGACGCCUAUGGAGACGAUCUGCCGUCCUGCAGCCGUGCCCAAUUUCUGCAAGGCAUCAUUGACCAUCCGCCCGUCAACCAUCCAUACUACACCCCAAGCUACUCAAACUUGGCCUACGCCAUCCUUGGUCUUGCUUAUGAAAAAGCGUCAGGUGGCAUGCGAUGGGACACUGCUGCCGACAAGCUCUACAACCAUGAGCUUGGCAUGCUGGCCACCACAGCUCAUGCUCCUGCAGCUGGCGCUGAUGCCGUAAUUCCCUACAAUGACAGCUACAGUCUCUUCACCUUCGACAUUGGUAUUGAGGGACCAGCGGGCAAUCAGUACACCUCCACAAAAGACCUCCGCACAUGGGGACAAGCUAUAUGGACGAAUAAGCUUCUCGACCCUGUAACAACUCGGCGGUGGAUGAAGCCCAAAACUUUCACAUCUAGAUGGACCAGUGCUGUUGGAGAUCCGUGGGAGAUCUAUCGCUUAGGCCUUCCUGUUGACGCUUUGACGGACGCAUAUCGUGUCGUGGACACCUACUCGAAAGGUGGAGAUGUUGGCCAAUAUAGCACUGCCUUCAGCUUGGUCCCGGAUUAUGAAAUAGGAUGGUCUGUCAUGGCAGCCGGUGAAGCGCCUGGCACUCAAAAGGGUCCCAUACGCCAGAUGCUUGUGGAUGUCUUCUACAACGCCAUGGAAACGGCCAUGAAAGAGCAAGCCCGCGCAACCUUCCCAGGCAUCUACAGCUGUCACGAAAUUAACUCCUCCGUCACUCUGACCGUCGACGGCAACUCCGGCGUCGAAGUCAAAUCCUGGAUCAGCAAUUCCACCGACAUGUUCAAUAACCUCUGGCUCGCCGGACACAAAGACUUUCGUCUCUACCCGACGAGCUUGAGCUACCAAGACGGCGAUAUGACGUACCAUAAGUACUAUCUGGCGACUUUGUUCGGGAAGCAUGGCUUGCAGCUACCGAGCUACGACCCUUGGUCUGAUCUUGGGGAGUACUGGAUCCAGCUUGACGGAACUAUGUAUAACAACCUGGCAACUGACUCCUGGAUCAUUGGGUUCGAUGCGGAUGGAAUGGUGCAGAGCGUCGAGUCGCAGGCUGUGAGGGCGGUGAUGUACAGGUCAAGUGAGUGA